AUGGACGUUGCUGUGAUGACGUUCAAGGACGCCUUCCGUGCAUGGCACCAGGCGAGCAUUCUCAACUUGUCAUGGCGACCCGUACGUGGUGCUGCACGGGCUCCCAGCUAG